AUGCAGCAUUGCCUCCAAAUCAGUGAGGAUUGUCUCUUACAACACAUCCAGCGAGAGCAUUACCAGGCAGUAAUAUGGAAAAGAGAAACAACUCCAAUAAUUGAUGCGCCUUCACCAACUGAUCAUGGAUGGAAGAUUAAUGAAGAAGGAAAUAUUGAUGUG